CUGCAGAAAGCCUGCAGAAAGGAAACGCUCCCUUGCGCACUAGUAACAGUGCACGCACUCCUCACUCCCUCCAGAGUCUAGACACCUCUCAAUUGCUUGCGCAUAUAGGAGAGAGAGAGAGAGAGAGAGAAGAGAAUGACAUCGGCAUCAAUGGAGUCCCUGAUCCUGCAACUCCACGACAUCUCCGCCGUCAAGUUCGGCAGCUUCAAGCUCAAGUCCGGCAUCUCCUCCCCGAUCUACAUCGACCUCCGCCUCAUAGUCUCCUACCCCUCCCUCCUCCGCCAAAUCUCCCAAACCCUAAUCUCCUCCCUCCCCAAGAAUACCUCCUACGACCUCCUCUGCGGCGUCCCCUACACCGCCCUCCCCAUCGCCACCUGCAUCUCCGCCUCCUCCGACGUCCCCAUGGUCAUGCGCCGCAAGGAGGUCAAGGACUACGGCACUGCCAAGGCCAUCGAGGGCGCCUUCACUCAGGGCCAGACCUGCCUCGUCGUCGAGGACCUCGUCACCAGUGGCGCAUCCGUGCUCGAGACCGCCGCGCCGCUGCGGGCCGCGGGGAUGAGGGUUACGGACGUGGUGGUGAUGAUCGAUCGGGAGCAGGGCGGGAGGGAGAAUUUGGCCGAGAACGGGAUCAUGCUGCACGCAAUGGUGAAGCUGAGUGAGAUGGUGAGGGUGUUGAAGGACAAGGGGAGGGUAUCAGAGGAGACGGAGGCCUUGGUUUUGAAGUUUCUCGAGGAGAAUAGGAAGGUUGCUGUGCCGACAAUGCCAGCGGCGGCAGCUAGGGUUAGGGUUCCGUAUGGGGAGAGGGCGAAGAUGGCGAAGAAUCCGACUGGGAAGAGGUUGUUUGAGGUGAUGGUGAAGAAGGAGACUAAUUUGUGUUUGUCUGCUGAUGUUUCAACUGCCGCAGAAUUGCUUGACAUUGCUGAUAAGGUUGGGCAAGAGAUCUGCUUAUUAAAAACCCAUGUGGAUAUAUUGCCUGAUUUCACACCAGAUUUUGGCUCCAAACUUCGCUCGAUUGCAGAAAAGCAUAAUUUCUUAAUAUUUGAGGACCGUAAAUUCGCCGACAUUGGUAACACGGUAACAAUGCAAUAUGAAGGUGGAAUCUUUCGUAUAUUGGACUGGGCGGACAUAGUUAAUGCUCACAUUAUCUCAGGCCCUGGAAUUGUGGAUGGUCUGAAAUUGAAGGGUUUGCCUCGUGGUAGGGGGCUCUUGCUGCUUGCUGAAAUGAGUUCUGCUGGUAAUCUUGCGACGGGAGACUACACAAGCACAGCUGUCAAAAUUGCCGAGGAUCAUUCAGAUUUUGUCAUUGGAUUCAUAUCUGUCAAUCCAGCAUCAUGGCCUGGUGGAUCAGGAAAUCCGUCAUUUAUUCAUGCAACCCCUGGAGUGCAACUGGUGAAAGGCGGUGAUGACCUGGGUCAACAAUAUAACACCCCAUACUCAGUGAUUUCUGAUAGAAGCAGUGACAUCAUAAUUGUGGGCCGUGGGAUUAUAAAAGCCGCAAACCCAGUGGAGGCGGCUCGUGAGUAUCGGCUCCAAGGAUGGGAUGCAUACUUGGCCAAUUGCGUAUGAGAUUCCAACAUGCAUGGUCUUCUGCUCAGUUUGUUUAGCUGGGGACGGUUUGUCUUAUUGCAUGGUCUCAGAUUAUGAGAUCAGCUUAUUUUUUUCCAUGUUCGGCACAUCAGAAGCUAAGCUUAGUAUGAUCUUGAGGAUUUUGAUCCCAAUAUUUCUAACCUCACUCAUGCUAUGUUGGGGUUUGGAAAAUAUGAAUGGCAUCUGGUUUGUGGUUUUGUGAGGAAUAAUGAAAAGGAGUUCAGUCUCUUUUCCAUUUCUAUUUAAGAGUUCUUAUGUGUUUUCA